UCUCCUAUUUCUUAAACUGUCUCUGACUCUCUCAGAUCUUUGCAGGAAAAUAAAGUUUUCGCCAUCGAAUCAGACGUCAAAACGAGAUUGAUCGGCUCUCGAUUUCUGAUUUCAAAUUCAGGAAACAAUGGGGAGCUUGAGGACGUUACUGAGAUAUCCGGAUGAUAUAUAUCCUCUCUUGAAGAUGAAACGUGCGAUCGAGAAAGCGGAGAAGCAGAUCCCGCCUGAGCCGCACUGGGGAUUCUGCUACUCUAUGCUCCACAAGGUUUCUCGUAGCUUCUCCCUCGUUAUCCAGCAGCUACGUCCCGAGCUUCGUAACGCUGUGUGUGUGUUCUACUUGGUUCUUCGAGCUCUUGAUACUGUCGAGGAUGACACAAGUAUACCAACUGAUGAAAAGCUGCCCAUCCUCAUAGCUUUCCACCGUCACAUUUACGAUACUGACUGGCACUAUUCAUGUGGUACGAAGGAGUACAAGGUUUUGAUGGACCAAUUUCACCAUGUUUCUGCAGCAUUUUUGGAACUUGAUAAAGGGUAUCAAGAGGCUAUCGAGGAAAUUACUAAAAGAAUGGGUGCAGGAAUGGCGAAGUUUAUCUGCCAGGAGGUAGAGACUGUUGAUGACUACGAUGAGUACUGCCACUAUGUUGCUGGACUUGUGGGUUUAGGUCUUUCUAAACUCUUCCUCGCUUCGGGAUCAGAAGUUUUGUUGCCAGAUUGGGAGCAGAUUUCCAAUUCAAUGGGUUUAUUUCUUCAGAAAACAAACAUUAUCAGAGAUUAUCUUGAGGACAUUAAUGAGAUACCAAAGUCCCGCAUGUUUUGGCCUCGUAAGAUUUGGGGAAAAUAUGCUGACAAGCUAGAGGACUUAAAAUACGAGGAGAAUUCAACAAAAGCAGUGAGCUGCUUGAAUGAAAUGGUCACCAAUGCGUUGACACAUAUUGAAGAUUGCCUAAAGUACAUGUCUGCGUUGCGUGAUCCUUCUAUAUUUCGGUUUUGUGCUAUUCCUCAGAUCAUGGCGAUUGGAACACUUGCAUUAUGCUAUAACAAUGUACAAUUAUUUAGAGGAGUCGUGAAGCUGAGGCGAGGUAAGAAGCUUUAUCUUUACACACCUUUUCACAUCAUCAUAUAAUUUUGAUCCCAAGCCUUAUAUUUUUAUCAUCAACAAACUUGAGAACGUGUUGUGAGCAACCUCAU